CGCUAUAAAACCGCGGUUCUCGUUCGAGGCGGCCGUCACUCGCCAGCAGCCGACAAAGAGACGAAGGUGCACCGAGAGGAGAUGAUCGGCCACGUUAAAUUCCUCGGGGGCCUCGGCCUGUUGGCGCUCUCGGCAACCCUCGUCCUGGGACAGCGCGGUAAGCCCGACCCCGCGGCAAGCCUUUCGUCGCGAUCGGCCACGGAGGAACUCGUUGCAGAUUCCAAGGAGGACUCGGGAGGGCCGCGCAUCUCGGAGGAGGACGUCGGCGCCAUCGGCGCCAUCGUCGACGCCAUCCGGGAGGAGGAGGAGGAGGCGGCCGGGGUGGGCCCGUGGAGUCUGCUCGCCGCUCGGCCAGGGAAGCGAGACCCGAUGCAGGUCUUCACCCCGAGACUGGGCCGCGGCGACGCGACGGUCGACCGGGCCCCCGAGGUGGAGGAGUCGACCGAGUUCGAGAGGAUGCCGCUGGCCGUGGGAGGGCCGCGAUCGGCCGGUGACCGCGACGACGUCGAGCGGCGCGUCCCGACCUUCUCUCCGCGGCUCGGUCGUAGCCGUUCCACGAGGAUGGGCCACCGGUUGCGUUACCUCCUGCGGAGACCGUGAGAUGCCCCGUUCCCGGAUCGCGUCCGACCGGCUCCGACUGCUCCCGCCUCUUUGUCCGCCAACGCACGUAGACGAGUCGAUUGCUCGGAUCGCGUAAAUGCAUUCGCCUUGCGGUCUCUCUGAAUGAAAAUCAU